GCCUGGUCGCUCGGCUCAGCUCAGCUUCGGGAGGCUGGGCUCCGGGAGGCUCCGCUCGCCCGCAGCCCGCAGCCCGCACCGCCGCCGGCGCGAGGACAGAGGCGGCCGCCGGGAGGCUGCGGGCGUCGGUGCGGCGCGGCUCCCGGGCUGGCCAUGGCGAGGAGCGCGCGGCGGCCGCCGGGGUGGCGAGGCGGCGUCAGGUUAGCCAGGUUCUUAAUCCGGAGCCAACUCCAUGGACCCAGGCCGGGUUUGGCCCCUGGCCUGCUGUGAGCAGAGCGCUGUCCGCUAGACCUCCCUGGCUGGUGGUUCUGUUGCCUUAUGGAGCUAGCAAAGAAGAUGGGCCGACUGAAGCGCCACCUGCCUGUGUGCUUUCUGCCUUCUGUGCCCUUGCUGAUCCUAGCGUCCACUCUGACGACUGCAAAGAGUGUGACCAACAGCACUUUAAAUGGCACUGACGUGGCUGUGGGCUCAGCGCCCGUGGUCAUUGCCAGAACCGACCAUAUCAUCGUCAAGGAAGGGAACAGUGCCUUGAUCAACUGUAGUGUUUAUGGCCUCCCUGAGCCCCAGUUCAAGUGGUAUAACUCCGUGGGCAAGCUGCUGCUGGAGGACAGCGAGGACCGAGGGGCAGGAAAGUGGCAGAUGCACGAUGGCCUCCUGAACAUCACCAAGGUGUCCUUUUCAGACCGGGGUCGAUACACGUGUGUGGCCUCCAAUGCCCACGGCACCGUGAACAACACGGUGACGCUGCGGGUCGUCUUCACGUCGGGGGACAUGGGCGUGUACUACAUGGUGGUGUGCCUGGUGGCCUUCGCCGUGGUGCUGGUCCUCAACAUCACCCGUCUCUGCAUGAUGAGCAGCCACCUGAAGAAGACCGAGAAGGCCAUCAACGAGUUCUUCCGCACGGAGGGCGCGGAGAAGCUGCAGAAGGCCUUCGAGAUCGCCAAGCGCAUCCCCAUCAUCACCUCCGCCAAGACGCUGGAGCUGGCCAAGGUCACGCAGUUCAAGACCAUGGAGUUCGCCCGCUACAUCGAGGAGCUGGCCCGCAGCGUGCCGCUGCCCCCGCUCAUCAUGAACUGCAGGACCAUCGUGGAGGAGCUCAUGGAGGUAGUGGGGCUGGAGGAGCAGGGCCAGAACUUCGUGCGCCACGCGCCCGAGGGCCAGGAGGCCGCCACCGGGGACGAAGUCUACACCAUCCCCAACGCCCUGCAGCGGAGCGACUCCCCCGCCGCCGACUCGGACGGCUCCUCGCUGCUCGAGCCGCCCCAACAGAUCGCCAUCCAGGUGUCCGUGCAUCCCCCGUCCCGGAGGGAGCCCACGGACGACCAGGACGGGGGGCCCCUGGAGGCCAGAGACGAGGAGGACACCGAGCCGUCGGCCGAGCCCUCCCCGGAGUCCGCGGCACCUUCCACCGAGGUCACAUCCGCAGCGCUGACCUCUGAGGAGCCCACGCCCGUCGAGGUUUUGGAAUAGUGCAUUCUUCAUGGGCCUUAAUCAGAGGAGCCUAGAGUCCCUAACACUCAGGGGUUCAGCUCUGCUUGAAUAUCUCUGGUGAAGUAGAGCCCGUGACCUCAUUGAGGACAUACUCCAGUGUUGGUAGGUUUUAAGCGCUGAGUCAAAAAUCUUAAAAGUGGUCCCACACUGGUCCUGUCGAGCCAUCUGGAAUUGAAAGCAUACAUUUGUCCUGCCGCAAUAAAAUUGUCCUUUUACUGUCAACCCAAAAGGAAAAUUGUAAAUGUGUUCAUAUUCAAAGAGAGGAUUACCAAAGGUGUGGGUGCUCCUGGCACCACUACAUUAGUUACACACCACGUGGCACACUUUUAAGUUUAAAUGGUUUCUGCUGAUGAGGUGUGGGAGGCAGGAGGGAAUUCAGGUGCUCCCCCAGCCCCUGAGAUGCCCUGAGGCUACAGCUCAUUAAGUAAAAGACAGUUCAACUGCCAGAAAAAUGAAAGAACCAGCGGAUUAAGUGCCUCGGUAGAUUAGUAUGUUUGGGAAGGACCAUUAGAACUGACACAUUGAAAGAAGUGUAUGUGUUAAGUGGCUUAUGGAGGUAUUUUUAAAUAACAGGUGAAUUAGAGCCAGCACCACUUGCAUUUAACUAUUAGGUAAAAUGAAGAUGCCAAGAGUAAAAUAAGAAUUUUCCUAAGAUAUUAACUCAUAUUAAAUAAGCUAAAAAUAUGAAUGAAGUUUGAUAUAUAGCAAUAUGAACUUUCAGAAAGCACAUUUCUCACUACCAAUGGAGUGGGUUUUCUUAUGAUGGAUUCAUGUUUUAAAGCUCAUAAUGGAAUGGGAAUCCCCAUAAAUCAUGCAAAAAAGUCACCUGCACAUAAAACUCUAGCUAGAUUGAGGGGCUUUCUGUUGUUCAGUUUACGUGCUGUACUGCAUCUGUUUCCUGAAAGUUUUCAUGAUUCCUGUGAAGCUCACAUGCGUCGGGGACCGUGAUGUGAUCGGUGUCUCUGAUUUUUAAGUCUGAAGGAUUAUUACAUCUGCUGUGGUGCACUUAUCCCACCCAGCCAUUCGAUGAGGCGAAUAAAUUUGUCCCAAAACUUUAAAAAUAUUCCUAAUUCUAAACAUCAUGGUUUUUACAUGAAGUGGCAAAAAAAAAUGACAAGUUUAAAGAAAGAGGUAAAAGUCUUCCAUACCAGGUGUACUGGUCGCCCGCACGGUUGGAUGAUGUCUCCUGUCUCUCCUGCUAGCAUUACCUCACCUGUUGGGCUAGUGAACCAAGCUAUUACACAUGAAGUGAGAUGCCUGAUUAUGGAUAGAGACUGUGAGAAAAUUCAUCCAUCAUAUAGUAAGAGGUAAAUCUUAAUGUUGGCUCUGGUUGAAAUUAUUUUAAAACGGAAACAUUACAAAAAUUAGGACAUGGCACCAUAUUUGUAGAAAUGUCUUCAUCUAAUGAAGAAAUUUUGAAAGUGUUAAGACCUCAGAAAUUAUAGGAAAUUUAAAUACAUUCCACUUGUAGCAAAAAAAGAAAGAUGACAGUUGAUGUGGGGAAUCUGGGAUCAUUCAUUUUUCUUUAUGUGCAGAAUAUAACUUUCCUAAGUUUUUGUCAUUACAGUAAUUAUUGAGAUACAUUAGUGAUAUUUCUGAAACCCAGCCAGAUCUUGAACAAAAAACAACGAAACAAAUUUAACCCAAGUUUUAAAAAAAUACUUACAGAUAAAUAAUCUUAUAUCAUCUAAAUAUUUUAUGUUACCUUUUCUCAUCCCAUAAUGCCUUUAAGGUGAUUGAGUUAAGUAUAUUUUACUCUCUGUGCAUCCUUUGAAAUUAGUAAUUGCUAUGUUUCAUACAAGUUCACUAACUCAAUAACAGACCUAUAUUAAUCAAACAUUUUACUCCCAAUCAUUUUGAAUCCAUAAGAGAUUUUCAGUAUGACUAUAAAAGCAGAACAGCUAGAUGAUCUAGAAGUGCUUUUCUUUAUCUGUAGCUAAAAAUGGAAGGUUUUCUGGCAAAACACAAAAAUCAGAUGAUUAUGCCAUGCUCACAAACAGAGUGAAUGUUUGUAUCCUCUCAAAAACCGUAUGUUGAAAUCCUAAACCCCAACAUGAUGGUAUUUGGUGUUGGGGCCUCUGGAAGGUGAUGAGGUCAUGAGGGUAGACCCCUCAUGAAUGGGGUUAGUGUCCUUAUAAGAGGCCCAGAGAGCUCCCGAAGACACAGCGGGAAGACAGCCUCCUCUCAACCAGGAAGCUGGCCUCACCAGACGUUGAAUCUUCCAGAGCCGUGGUUAUGGACUUCCCAGCCUCCAGGACCGUGAGAAAUACAUUUUUUUUUUGUUUAAGAUACCAGUCUAUGGUAAUUAGACUUUUUAUUUUGAGAAUUCUAGAUUCCCACAUGGUUUUCAGAAAUAGUACACAGAGAUCCCAUGUACACUUGAUCAGUUCCCCCAACAGUCACCUCUUACAGAAGCAUGUACACCAUCACAAUCAGGGCAUCGAUACUGAUAGAAUUCUCCAGUCUUAACCAGGUCGUCCCAGUUGUACCCACACUCAUUUGUGUGUAUGCAUUUAGUUCUGUGAAAUUUCACCACACGUGUAGGUCUGUGUGUCCACCACCACUGAGAUGCAGAACAUGCCAUGAGCACAAGAAUCCCUGGGUUUUUGCCUGUUUACAGCCGCACCUCCCUCUCUCUCACCACAGAACACGUUUUUUUUACAUCAGUGAACUUUACUUCAUUAGAUAACUGAAGCUUCUCAGAACCAAUGAUAAUAAGUGUGUUUGCCCAAUAGGAAUACAUGGAAAUGUAUUAGUUUCUUGAUGUCUGACUUCCUGUUGCUUUAGAAGGACUUGUACAAUGUAGACGGGCAGGUGUGUUUUCUGAAACACAAAGGAAAGACCACCAGACAUUUGAAACCCUAGGAAACCCUUGAGAAGGAGGGACGUGAAGCAGGUAUCUUGGCGGAGGAGCUCUUGGACUCCCAGUUCACACCCUGCACUCUAGCUCAGCCAGAAGACGCAGAGCAGAGAACAAAGGCGUGGUCGCUACAUGCCUUUAAAAGUCUCAAAGAGAAAGUGCUCCCUCCCAAAUUUACAACGUCCAGGUACACUCCAGAAGUUCCAAAACUAAGGCACAGAGUGGUAACAAGUCACAGGCAAAGACUCAGGCAACCUCUGUGAUGCUGGUGCUCUUGUUAGCCUUGUUUUGCGCUCCCUUGGGUAAGACGGGACUUGGAGGUAAGUGCCAGCCCCUAGACCGUGAUGACGUACCUGUCACUUCUCAUGUUAUAUUAAGAAAGCAUUCGUGCCAGUUACCAUCUCAAGUGUUGUAAUUAAGACAGCCAGCCACAGUGUUGAGGAAAAGAUCCUCUGCCCAACUCAGGAUGGUGCAGGAGGAGGAUUCCAGAACACGGUCACCUGAGGAGUCUUGAAAAGCCCUCACUCAAAGCCACUGAAAAGGCACCACAAAAGAAUCCUUCCUCCGAGUAACAUUGUUCUCUUACUGUGCAAAUGCCCUGGACUCGUAAUCACAUUUGGCCUCUGUCAGGAAUUACAGACACAGAGUGUGCAUUGGUUUACCCCUAUGACUGUACCUAACAACCAGCUGAAAUCUGAGUGCCCAGGACCCAGGAGCGCUGAGGAGAGUGUGGGAGGGUACGGGACUUCUGGGAGCCCAGCCCUGGCCAGAGGUCCUGAGCAGCCUGAAGCUGGACGCUGACCUCUUAGAAGCAUGAGAGGAGCUGCCUAGGGAAGCAGGAGAAAACUGAGAAACAACUCUCCUUCAUACUGUUAGCCAGGGGCAGCCGUGCCCAGAUAAAAGUGAAUUUUUAAAAUAUGGCAAAUGGUAAAUGCAUUAGCUUGUGUGAAUCAGUCGUUAAAAUUACAGAAAAUCAUGCUCGUUGCCUAAUUUCUAGCCAAGAAAUCCCUCCAGUUUUGGUCCUGGGUGUCUCCUCGGUGACACUGAACCUCAAUGCUUGAAGCAUUUUGUGCUAAGCUAAUCAGUAGGGUCCUGUUACAAAACUCAAGUUAUUAAACCAUUUCUAGGCAAUGAUUCCCAGUGAUAGUGGAGGGCAGACUUUCCUUUAAGCAGCAACAUUGAAGCCUCUUUCAAAUAUUUGAGUGUGAUACAUUAAUUAGAAUACGUUGUCUUCAUCAAGUUCAAAAGUGUUUUUUCCAUAAUUGCCACAUCAGUAACUUGCUGUUCUGUAUUUCCCACUCCAAACUCAGGACUAAGCACAAGAUCUGCACACCAUACUCUGAUGUUUGAAUUUGUUCUCUACCACCUAAGUUUUGCUCUAUUUCCUCUGCAUCAGCUGUAUUUCACAGCCUUACAAAAUUGUUUAUGCUCUUUCAUCAACAGUGGGAUGUAACAUUUCCUGUCAUUUUUCGUAUCAAAGUGUAUUUAGGUAAAGCUGGGUAAACCCUUAAGUCUUUUCUUUGGUUUCACCUUCGUAACAAGACACACCCUUCUUCCUCCCUGUCUUAUAGGCAGGGUAACCUAAUAGAUGACCCCAUGUUCUAAAGAACAGAAAAGUCAAGUCAUUUUCCCGAGACCAUAAGAGAUUCUACAGCUACCAGACUGUGAGCUCUGUGCAGACUGCAGUCCUGUUUUAUCCCUAAAGUACUUCCUACAGAAGCGUAAAGAUUACUCGCCUGUAGUAAACGUUAAUUAAAUGAAAACAAAUAUGUUUUCUAGUUAAUUAGGAUUUAAUUGGUAUUGGAUUAAAUGUCUUCAUUCAUAGACCCCAGUGAAGGGUAAAAAGUACACUUUGAAAAGUCUCUUUGAAACUAAAACCAUACUUGUACAGACCCCCCCUUUCUCAGGAUGGGGUAGAUUUCUUUUUCAAAGGAUAGAAUAUAACUCUUCUCUUUUUGUCGAAUUUUAACCUAAUAUAUUUUUUUAAAGAGCCGUUUAUAAGUCUUUUGUCCACUCUGGUGGUGUCUUGGUGAGACAGCCCUCCAGAAUCAGAAACCUGCAGUAAAUUCAAGAGAAAAAAAGAGUGACACUGGAAUCACCUCUCUCUAUCAUUUUGUGUCGUGUUUUCUACAGGCACUUUUCGGGGGUGGCGGGGGUCGAGCAGAAUGAAAACCACAUCCUUUCUGCAGCUCAGAUGCUGGCGGGGACAGUCUGUGCACCCCGGGGACAGGUCAGCGUUUAAGCGACCAGGCUGCCCGGGCCUCCUCCUAGGUUUCUUUUACCUCAAAAGAAACAACAAAAUUCUAGUGGAGAAUUCCUUUCCUAGAGCCCGUGCAGCCCUCUCCUUAAGUCUUCGCCAGGGCAGACCAACCGCAAUGGAAAGUGAACCCACACACAGCUGAUGGGUUUAAAUGUUCCUGAACAGCCAGGGGUGUGUCCCCCCGCCGAGUUGCUUUUAGGGCACAACAGGGCAGCGCUGCCCAUGGCCUCGUAGAAAUGGGAAAACAGGACUCAUUAAGUGAGGGAAUUACCGGGGACUGGGCUCAGGUUCACACAGGAGGCCCGAGAAUGCAGCCCAGGAGGUGGGGGCUUUCACCAGCUCCUGCGUUUCCACCUUAGUGAUCUCUGGUCCCCUCCAGCCACUAAGGCACAUAAACACAUCCAAACAUUGAUUGCUUUCAGUGCUGUGGGUUAACUUUUCCCCUGUAUUUACCAGGCUUUUUGAAAGACAAACCUGCAUACUUCCUCAAUUCCACUUUUCUUUGCAGACUUCACAGGGGAUCAGGCCAAGGUUACCUCCACUAGGCUGACUCCUCCUUACUGUCCUCGCCCCCAGGCCACACACACCCAUCCUCCCCUUCCCCAGCCUCCCCCCACUGAUCAGCCCCUGGCACUAGCACCACCAUCAGAGCAUCAUCAGCGCUGUUCACCCUCGACCUUGGGAACUGUGCAAACCCUUCUGAGAGGCCUCAAGCUGUUGGGCUCACUCGCACACACACACAUAUACCCAGCACCCGCUGCAACCAGAGGCAGGUGAGGAGGAGGAAGAGAUGCUUCCAGGACCCUCUCAGAAAAAUGUAACUGCAGAAAACUAAGGGGAUGGUCUUAUAAUGGCAGAACUGCCUCACUACACGGCACACAUGCGAUCUUGUAUUGGGGGGACUGAUAUCUGAACCAUGAGAACCCGUCACCCCCUCCAUGACAUCCGUGUGGACAGAAACGCACCCGCCACCGGAUCAGCCAGCUCUUUGUCCUGGUUCUAACACCACCCUCCCAUUCGAAAGCUGAGUAACCACCCAGAGGCAGUGGGGAAGCGGGGAGUUCCUUAGCCAGAUUCCACACAUUUCUACUAGAGCCCCCGGGAGACACUCCAUCACACUCCCCUGUGGAGCCUGGUUCUGUAAUCUCGCUGCCACCCGGACCUGAGCAGGGCCCGGAUCCAGAGCUCUGUCCACCGCCCCAGCAUCUGGCAGGGCGGCAGGACUCCUGCUGGAUUAUGUAACCUCGGCCCUGCGCAACCUCGCUGUAAAUCCUCUUUCCUGGCAUCUGCAGUCCCGAGAGGACAGCCUCUGGGUAUUACUUAAUUACAGGGUAGAAAUCCCUUUGAACCCUUUGUAAUUCACCUCUCUCUACUUUGCUGUGUGUCUCUGAGCUGCCCUUGACCUCCUUGUCCC